CAUAAGAAGGAAUUUGUAAACAAUGGAAUUAGUGCCUUAUUAGAAUAACUUACAUAUAAUACUUAAAAUAAACGCGAAAACAACAAGAAUGUACGCAAAAAAUGGACAGUGAAAAGAUACCUCCAACUAAUCCUGCCAGAAAAUCAACCAUCAUACUUCCACAUUAAUUUUGGACCAGGAUACUGCACAUCCCAUUCUUUGAAUAAGAUAUUGCUUUUAAACAGGAUAAAAGUUUCUUGGCAGUAUUUUUAUACACGACGAUUUAGAAUGCUUUAAACUAUUUGACAUUAAAAAAACAAACAGACAAUGCUGUCACGUAAAAAUAAAGAUCUUCGAACAAUAAAGGAGGGUGUUGUUGGCAAAUAUGUCAAAAAAGACACACCACCAGAAAUACCAAUUAUAAAUGUUUGGACUACAGAACCAAAGAAAAGAUUAUCGAACCAAAGCAGAUCUUUACCAUUGCAAUUCCAAGUGUCAAAUAGGAAUACUACCCAGACAAGUAGUACUGUGCAGAAGUUUGGAAAUCAAAAGGCUACUGUCAGUGAUGUUGGUUUAGGUGCACAUGAAGGAAAAUAUACUCCCAGUGCAUCUGUGCCUGAUUUAGCAACAAGGUUUGCAAAUUUAUCAGUAGGCUUAAACAAUGAGAAUGGUUCACAACUCAAUCCCAAUCAGUCCAAUGGUGGUAAUGCUCAACAUAUUUAUGUGAAUGCUCCUGUCACGAAUUCUUCUUAUAUAGAUAAUUCUGCUAAUAAUGCAAAUUAUGUGGAAAUAGACCAGAUUUAUCCAUUACCAUCACAGGAGACAAACCCAACCUAUAAGGAGCCUGUUUCAUACCAUCGAACAAAUUCUCCUAUUUACCAAAAUACCAGUGAAAGUGCCAAUUUACCCAGAACAAGUCAAGACACAACUCCUAUUUAUAGUAAUACAAACGUGGAAAGAUUUAGGACCACUGCCCCAGGUAUGUCUUAUGGAGAAUCAUUAGCCCAUCAUCUAAGGUACAGUAUGGGCAGGAGUGAUAAUACUCAAGAACAAUCUGAGGAGUUGCCAUUACCACCUGGAUGGUCAGUUGAUUAUACAUUAAGAGGGCGUAAAUACUACAUUGAUCACAACACUAAAACCACUCAUUGGUCACAUCCUUUGGAAAGGGAAGGCCUUCCAACAGGUUGGCAGUGCAUUCAGUCACCACAUUAUGGGUUAUAUUAUGUAAAUCAUAUAACAAGGCAGGCACAGUAUCAGCAUCCCUGCCUAAUGCCUUGUUACAAUUAUCAACCUGAAUAUUCGAAUCCUCCUAGACCCACUCACUAUCAACCUCACAGUGUUUUAGUGCCUGCCAAUCCAUAUUUGCUUGAAGAAAUACCCCACUGGCUUAAUGUGUACUUCCAAACCAGUACAGAUUUAGAUCACAAGCUAAGAUGGGACAUGUUCAGAUUAUCUGAAUUGGAUUGCUACAAUGCAAUGCUUACAAGAUUAUACAAACAGGAAUUACAAAAUAUUGUAAUGAGAUAUGAAUCUUACAGAUCUGCCUUACUUGUUGAAAUGGAAAAAUUUAGAGUGAAUCGAACUAAUCCAAGGGCUGUGAGUGGACAGUAAAAGUUCCUUUCUAUUUAUUUUAAUUAUUGACUAAAACAUGAACAAAAUGUGAUUUUAAUUAUAUUAUAAUAAUAAAUAGCUUUUAUCACUUCUUUUCAAA